ACGGUGUUUUUCCCUUCUCCAUCUAGCUUUCAAUUCAUCUUAGAAGCGAAGUCACGAGGAUGGAUUUAAUUCGAUGAAUUCCGUAAAAAUUAUAAAUAAUAUGUUUAUUAGACUAGAAGAAAGUCGAAACUAGAAAUAUUGAUUGUUCACGUAGGUGUUAACCGUUUUUCUUCUUCACAUGAGCUCUUCAUCAUCAGUAAGUGACUUUUCGGAUGUUUUCUAGUAUACAAGGACCAGACAUCUGCUGACGAGGGGUAAUACGUUCACUACCUGAACUCCAUCGCUAGCAUCAUCGGGAACAGUCGUCAAAAAUCAUAGUCAAUAAAGGAGUUCUUUGUUUUAAUCUUCAUCUUUAUUUGAAACUGUAUCGAAACACGAUGGAAGGGCAAGAUUUAAAGAAACAAUCUGGCUUUGCUCAAGGAGUGAAAAAUCGACUUGCUGUAGCUGUUGGGAGUUUCAUGACUGCUAUUCUGGCCACGGGUAUUCGAGGUGAUUGGUUGUUAUUCUACGUUCAGAUUCAGAAGCUGUGGUAUGGGGAAUCACUCAUCACAGAGGCGUCCUUACCGGGUCUUGACCGGGGAGCUGCUGAGAAUGGAAGUACCGUACAAUACGAAAACCCCCUGGAACGAUACCAUAUGCAGGGUGUUUGGUUCUACGUCCUCUAUUCUCUGCUUGGUGGUUUUGUUAUUCUGUAUGGUGUGGGAGGCUGGUUGAAGUGGCAUUUCUACAUCCAGAGACGUAACAAAGCGGCGGAAUGGAAGUGCCAACCUGAUCGCUUUCUAACUCCUGAAGAUGAUCGGCUUGAGUUUAGACUGGGGUCGAUGAACAUGGCUCUUGGAUCGGUGCUUUCAGGCAUCCUCGUAACCUACAUCAUGAACGGAGGGGAGACCAAACUUUAUUACAACAUAUCGGACUAUGGUUGGGUCUACUUUCUACUCUCCAUUCCCGUCAAUUACGUAUACAACGAAGCUGCGGCCUAUUACUCUCACAAGGCUAUGCAUAUUGCUCCUUGGUACAAGCGCUACCAUAAACUCCACCACCGUUUCAAGUGCCCCACCCCUUUCGGAGCCGUAGCCAUGCACCCCUACGACUUCCUCGCGCUCCAAUUCCUGAUUGAGAUACCCAUCUUCUUUAUACCAAUGCAUGCAGGUGUGUUCGUAUUUUGGUUGAUCUACGGUUACUACUACAGCAUCUUAGACCACUCAGGAAUACAUUUAGAUCCCUUUUGGCCAUGGCAACCACAGGUUAUCUUUCAUGAUAAUCAUCACAAGUUUUUUCACUGUAACUUCGGAUUCAACACCGAGAUGUUCGACAAACUUCACGGAACUCUGAUGAGAAAAGAUCGACGGUACACGGAAACCACCUUCGGAGGACAGGGUGCUCCAAAAAGUUCAAAGCCGCAAAAUAAAAAGGGGAACUGAGUAAAAAUAAAAGAAUAAA